AUGAACGGCAGAGUCGUCCGCGAGCUGUCGGCCCUUAACACAGAGAGAAAGGAGAUGCCCCAGGCUGAACCAGAGCUGAAGGGCCAGGAAAAUACGGACGAUCUCGCAGGGGGGGGGGUAAGAGACGAGAAGUUGGCUAGAUCUAACUUUCCCCUUGGAUCCUGCGGUGGAGAUGCAGCAGGUUCAGCAGGCGGCCGGGCUGCGGCGAGAGAAACGACUGACAACAGCACAAAGAGACAAAGAGACAAACGAGAGACAGCGAGCGCCGUAGACGAGCAAAAAGAAGCCUGGCAAAGCGCAAAAGUCGCGAUGUCGAAGUUGAAGUUGAAGUCGAAGUCGAAAAAAGCCAGAGAAAAGUCGAAGAGCGAAGAGAUGCUCACGUGA